GCAACGUCAUAUCCCUCUGUGGCUUAGCUCGUGCCGAAUGUUCCGAGCUGAGACACAGCCUCCACAACCGGGUUCCAAAAAACACCGAAACUCUCUCGGCCGAAGAAGCCGUCUGUGGAUCUCAACCUUUUUUGUCUCGCUGUCCACGGAACGAACUAGCCACUCAAGACGCGUCAGUCCCUGCAACCAGUCAAAGCACUAAUUACCAUAAAACUCUAGCAUGUGCUUAGACCCAGUGAGAUCAUACCCGUUGGCUACUCCGUAAAUUGCGCCCCUUGAUCGAAGGGCUUAACUCAACUUAUUUAUCUGGCACUCGCCCUUGGUGACUUUUUGUUAUCUUUCCAUCAUCUUCGAUUCAUCUUUUAUUCUUAUACAGCCAUUUUUUUAGUCAGAAUGCUUGGCUUCGUGGCCCUCUCGCUCUGGCUCAGCGCAGCAAUCGCUGCUCCGGAAGACACGGCUUUGAUCCCUAGGGUCAAUUCAGUCGAGAUCCGAGCCCUACCAAAUUCUCCGAGUGGUGGAUAUGCCCCGAAAGUAGUCGACUGCCCUUCAACGCGCCCAAAAGUUCGUCUUGCCGAUGAACUAUCCAGUGAAGAAGAAUCAUGGGUUCGAAAACGCAGAAACAACACCAUCGAUGACCUCAAGACUUUCUUGUCGCGAGCAAAUAUUUCUGGCUUUGAUGCCGAGAGCUUCGUUGAGAAGCACAAGAACAAUGCGACUGGUCUACCCAACAUCGCCAUCGCCGCGUCGGGCGGUGGUUAUCGCGCUUUGAUGAACGGUGCAGGAUUCCUCUCAGCUGCUGAUUCACGUAACAACAAGACCGGCCCCAUCAGCGGUCUUCUCCAGUCUGCAACGUAUCUAGCUGGUCUUUCUGGCGGUGGCUGGCUCGUGGGCUCCAUCUUCGCCAACAACUUCUCCACAGUACCAGAUUUGCAGUCCGGCGACAAAGUCUGGCGUUUUGACCGCUCCAUCUUCAAGGGUCCCAAGAGCUCGGGUAUCAGCCUUCUCAACACUGCCGAGUACUGGGAUGAGAUGAAGGAUGCCGUGGACGACAAGGACAAGGGCUGGAAUACUACGCUCACUGAUUGGUGGGGUCGCGCAUUGUCGUAUCAGCUCGUCAAUGCGCCUGAGGGUGGACCUUCGUACACUUUCUCUUCCAUUGCCGAUACUUCCAACUUCAAGGACGCAGACACGCCGUUCCCCAUCCUCGUUGCUGAUGGUCGUGCCCCGGGCGAGCGCGUCAUCUCCUUGAACGCCACUGUAUACGAGUUCAACCCAUACGAGUUUGGUACAUGGGACCCUACAACUUUUGGCUUUGUACCUACCGAGUAUCUCGCCUCCAAUUUCACCAACGGAACAAUCAACUCCAAGGGCGAAUGCGUUCGCGGCUUUGAUCAGAUCGGCUUUGUUAUGGGAACAUCCUCUUCACUGUUCAACCAGUUCCUUCUCCAGAACAUCACCAAGGUCGGCAAAGAGAACGACAUUCCAGACAUCGUUGUAAAAGCCAUUGAAGGCGUCUUGGUCGGCUUGGAUCAGGAUGAUGAGGAUAUCGCUGAUUAUACGCCUAACCCCUUCUUCGGAUGGAACCCUACCGACAAGAGCGUUAAUUCCAAGGACCGCCAGUUGACUCUCGUAGAUGGUGGAGAGGAUCUGCAGAACAUCCCUCUUCACCCGUUGAUCCAGCCCGUUCGUGGCGUCGACAUCAUUUUUGCCAUUGAUUCGUCUGCUGAUACGGAUAACAACUGGCCCAACGGUACUGCUCUCCGUGCUACAUACGACCGUGUUGGUUCCACCAUUGGCAACGGUACUCAAUUCCCCUCGGUCCCAUCAGCCGAGACCUUCAUCAACGAGAAGUUGAACCAGCGUCCUACGCUCUUCGGCUGCGACGCCAACAACUUCACUCUUUCAGACGGCGAAGUUCCACCUCCGCUGAUCUUCUACAUCCCCAACGCUCCAUAUACAUACCACAGCAACGUCUCCACCUUCGACAUGUCAUAUACCACUACAGAGCGCGAUAACAUCAUUCACAAUGCUCUCAACGGAGCUACUCAGGGCAACGCUACCAUUGACAAGGAGUGGCCUACUUGCGUGGUGUGUGCUGUUAUGAGCAGAAGCUGGUGGAAGGCGAAUGAGACUGUGCCUGAUGCUUGCAAGACCUGCUUUGAUAGGUACUGCUGGGAUGGAAAGACGAAUGACACUGCUGUCAAGAGCUAUGAGCCUGAGUAUAUCAUUGGAGGAAAUGCGACGGCGGAGGCGGCUGACAAUGCAGCUGGAGACAGGCUUGGUCCAAGCUGGUUUGUCUCGGCUGGUGUCGGGGCUGCUGCUUUGUUUGCUCUCAUGUGAUAGCGGGAAUUUAUUUGUAAUACUUGAUAGACUUGAAUUUUCAUACUUGUUAACUUUACCAGUCCUUGUGUCAUCAUUAUGUAACAGCUGCCUGCUACAGCAGUGCUAGUCUAUUGGUAAUCUGAGUCUCUGC